AUGUCGUCUUCCGAAGGGGCCCCGGAGUCAUGGAUCUCGUCGUUUUGCUCGCUCAUGGGUCAUGAGUACUUUGCUGAGGUGUCAGAGGACUUUAUCGAGGACGAUUUCAACUUGACCGGCUUGCAAUCUCAGGUCCCCAUGUACAAAGAAGCUUUGGAAAUGAUUCUUGAUGUUGAGCCUGAAGAUGAUGAGGAUGAGGAAGAGGAAGAGGAGGAAGAGGAGGACGAGGACGAAAUACUAGGUGACGAGAAACCUAUCGGGUAUCGCAGAGCCGGUGACCGAAGACAUAUGCGGGUGGCUAGUGAUCUCAGUAUGAUAGAGAGCUCGGCCGAAUUGUUGUACGGGUUAAUUCACCAACGAUACAUCACAUCGCGAACUGGCAUUCAGCAGAUGCUAGAAAAAUAUGAAGUUCACCAUUUCGGAGUCUGUCCGCGAGUCAAUUGCCACGGAUGCAAAGUUCUCCCCGUUGGCCGCACCGAUACUCCCGGUCAGGAGACGGUCAAAUUAUUUUGCCCUAGCUGUUACGACAUCUAUACGCCGCCAAACAGUAGAUUUCAAUCAGUGGAUGGGGCGUUCUUCGGCACGACAUUUGGGUGUUUGUUCUUCAUGACCUUUCCAGAGUUCGAUAUAGGAGGAAAUAGAGCAGAAAGUGUUCUGUCACCAGCUUCACUUAGUGCCGGUAAUACCUCCAAUAAUCGAUUCCGAUCAUCUUGUUUCAAUAACACGUCAGUUGCGCUAACAUCAGCCUCCCCAACUAUAGAACAACCAUUGACACACCAACCGGCUCAAAUAAAUGGGCUAUUGACAUCUAAUUUUGCGCCUGGUUUAGGAUAUAACAAAAUCUAUGAGCCUCGCAUUUAUGGGUUUCGAGUUUCAGAACGUGCCAAGUCUGGUCCGCGAAUGCAGUGGCUACGCAUGAAGCCGAGGGAUAUUAACGAACUUGAUGAAUCAGCGAUAUACCAAGCUAAUCACGGGGUUGAUGAGGAGGGGGGAUCUGACGACGGUGAUACUGAAAUGGGGCUAGCAGCAGCAUCUCAGCAGUCAGCGAUUGGCAUGAGGAGAAAAGCGCCUAUGAGAAAACGCAGACAUCUCCCUCCUGGCCAUACGGAUCAAUUGUCGACUAAGAAUGGAGAAGGUGGUUGA